AUGAACAGCGCUGGCGACGCCAACGCCAACGAUAACGAUAACGCCAACGCCAACGCCAACGCCAACGCCGACAUUCAACGUCAUCAGCAACGCCACCCCGAAGAGAAACACCGAACGAAUCCAGCUACGCAGCGCAUGCUGAAAGCUUCAAUUAUCGAUCCAUAUGCGCCUGAGCUUUCGCGUCCGGCACAUAAGCUUCGCGUACUUCGUCUAGGUGAAAUCGUCGAAUCGUCUUAUAUAGACGUGCGCGGUCGACACAACCGAGCCCAGACGGAUCAGACAGAUAUUUGUUUCGUUAUUUCCAUCUAUCGCCGUACGGAGUACACGCAAGGGGAGAAGGAUGUCGCGUCGUAUGGACAACACCAAAACGUUAUUUGGUGUGUCUUGAGUACGGCGUUCAGUGUGCCUAGCUCGUCAUCGACGCCGCAAAAAUUAGAGGAGGAACUGUACACGACACGUCGAACACCGAAAGUCCUUAUCGACUUACCUGGCUACAAGUCCAAGUCCAGAACCUCGGCACCUCAAGUUUUGCCGGUUGAAAACUUGAACGAAGGAAAAAGUACUAGUACGAUGACUUCGGAGUCAACGACGACGCACAGAUCAUUUUCCACGGAGCAGCCUCUUUAUCGUUUGGACGGCAGUAAUGGACAAGCUUGUAUUCUUUUGCAAGUAGACGCCCUGAUCACGGUGAAAUACCGAACGAAGACUGGAGACGACGAUGAGGCGAAUAUUUACGUGCCGACUUAUGCCACUGUGACCGGCAAUUGCGACAACCAAAAUACGGUGACGAUGUCGCUCAAGUGGGACGCAUUUGUACUAUCAUGGAGCUUCGCAAAGAUAAAACAAUCAGGUUGAGCACUGGACAAAAGCACAGUCCCAUGUUGUUCCCGACACCGGUUGGAAAGUCGUACGCCUGCAACGAAGAGACGGAAGUUCCCUUGACCGAUGGGAAAAAUCACGCUGUCGUGCUUCUCAGAGACAUGAAACUGCAGCCGUUCAAAUUCAAGAACAACGAGUUUGCCACCGAGUUCUCGUGUACGUCGUUGAGCGCGCGCGGAUUUCGAGAUGAAACAGCGCCCGUGGCGGUUGGUUCCACGUUGGCUGCUGCCGUUCUCCUCACCAUCACCGGCUACGCGGCCUAUCGCUACUUCAAGGUGAAGAAAGUCAAGUACGACACCAUGGAGUAAACCAGCUUACCUUCCCUGGAAACGCUGCCUAAGACGAUGCAACGCUUGGAGAAGAAACCAAUCUUUCCUACGAAGAUGAUGCUCUUCUCCGGUGGUCGCGCAGUCGUCGCCGACGUCAACGUCACAAGACGCGACGGACGUCUGUCGUCUUGUGCUCGAUCCUUCAACACCAUACGUACAACACGAAUCGAUACGAAGCGUUCCUUCUAGAAGUUUCCCGAAGCAACGUUCGCUUGAAACUUACGACAUAGAACCUUACCCUUAUAGAAUACACCGUUAACCUUUCGUUCGUGAUCCGUGAUCCGAAAUCGUUUGUGAUCGUUAGUUUAUACAUGUACACGAGUAUAGUCGAAAUUGUCCUAUUCGAGGUCGUUAGGUCGUUAGUCGAGAAGAGAAAAGAGUUCGAACGCGAUUGUCCAACGCGUGCGUAGGCGUCGGAACGGCCUCGAAGAAAUUGUUUCGGAAUUGUUUGUACUUUUACAGCGGUCGCAAACGGCUGCAACUUGACGAGGACACGCCGAAAGCAACCAACUGUAACGAUAUAAGUACGGUUACGGUAUGCACGGUGUAAGCGUAAACGAAACAAACAACCGUGUUCGCAAGCUCUGAUGGUUGUAUCGAUAGAUACUCCCCUCCCCCGCCCCCGCCCUCGAUUGUCAUGUAGCGGCAUCGAUCCACUCUUUCCUCUGCUGUUGGUAACGNCAAGCGUCAACAUCGCGUAACAACAUGUAGAACACUCGGAGGACAAACAAGCUUUACGAGAAACACCACCACUUUCUUCCAAAUCGUGACAAAUCGUUGUACAAAUCGGCUAAAAGUAUCUCCAUCUCAAGUGUUUCAUACCUUUUUCAUCGGUGGCGCUAGUCGCAACGCGAGUCGCGAGAAAUAUCGUAUAUAUAUAUA